GGAGAUUGCGUUCAAUUCGUUAAACGGAAAAGCGAUUUAUAAUAAUGUGUUUCUCGAGAAUCGGAUCAAAGAGUUUAUCACAAUUUGCAAUGAAAUUGGACUCAAAUUGAUUUGUACUAAAUAUGAUACCAUUGGAAGCGUUGGCCUAUUGUUUAGACAAAUGGUGAAUGAGUCGGAAAUACCCGAUAAAAGUAAUGUCAUAAGAAUUACUACAGAUUACGAGCAAUGGUUUGGAGUAUUGCAGCAAAAGUUGAUUACCGCAAAGGAUGCGGACAAUCAAACCAAUAACGUAUGGCUUAUGGCCGACGACUUGGGUAUUAAUGGAAUCGUAGGGUUAGUUAAUAGUAUGCGAUUAGAACCGGGAGGAGAAAACUUCAGAUAUAUAUUCAAUAUGGACUCCAAUACUGACACUAACAUUGACUUCACUACUAAACCCUAUUCUAAUAUAUUGGCCAAUGAUUUGGUCGCCAAUGUUAUCAAAGGGGGGAAACUUGGAAGUUAUAGACACAUAAAACUACCCAAAGACAGUGAUAAAGUUCUUUCCAACGAGUAUUUCCUAAAUUUGGGUCAAACCCGAGAUCUCGCAGGUCUUCAAUGGUAUGAUUUGAGAUCUCUUUCACCAAAACGCGAAUCAUAUGAUUUCAAUGGACAGAAAGUGACCAAAAAUAAAAUAAACAUUUAUAGCACUGGAUUGUCGUUCCACGACGUUAUGUUGGCCACAGGUCGCAUCCCAUCGGGUCCUGAGGUUGUAUUCAUGGACUGUACAAUUGGUGGUGAAUUCGCCGGUCGUUUGGCCGAAACGGGUGAACGGGUUAUGGGUAUGGAAUCGGGCCGUUGUUUCGCGACUUCGGUAUACGCGGCGACUCAUACUUACGCUAAAAUCCCUGACCACUGGUCUAUGAACGAUGCCGUCUCUAUAUUAAGUACUUAUAGUACAGCUUAUUAUGGAUUGAUUAAAGCCGGAAGACUUAGGAAAGGUGAAAGCAUUUUGAUACACUCGGCGGCCGGAGGUGUGGGGCAGUCGGCAAUCAAUAUUUGCAAACACUAUGAAUGCGAUAUAUAUGUGACGGUCGGUAACGACGAGAAGAAACAGUUUUUGAUGAGUGAAUACAAUAUACCGGAGAAUAAGAUAUUCAACUCAAGAGAUAUACUCUUCAAGAAUCAGAUAAUGGAAGCGACGGAAGGAAAGGGAGUCGACGUUGUGUUGAAUUCAUUGGCCGGAGAGAAACUGGACGCCAGCUAUAGUUGUGUGGCCAACCAUGGUCGGUUUGUGGAGAUGGGCAGAUUCGACAUGGUCCAGAAUAAGAAGCUGGGCAUGUUUGAUUUUGUGCGCAACAUUGACUUCAUUAGCGUAGUGUUAGAUCUCGUUAUGUUUGAUUGUCACGACUUUUUGCCCGAGUUUUACGAUUGGGUUCACAAGAACUGCACCAAUGGUUGUGUGAAACCAAUCAAUCAAAAUGUGUUUCCGGCGGCCGAAGCGGAAAAGGCUUUCCGUUAUAUGACAACCGGUAAACACACGGGAAAGAUAGUCAUCAAAACCAGAGACGAGGAGACAAAUAGAGGGCCUUUGAAAGCAGUAAAACCUAUGCCCGAAAUGUUGGUCAGCGCUAAGACUUACUUCAAUCCAAACAAAGUCUAUAUAAUAACCGGAGGUUUGGGUGGUUUUGGUCUAGAAUUGAUUCCAUGGAUGCAAUACUAUGGCGCCCGAAAAUUUGUGGUCACUUCCCGUUCUGGCCUUAAGACUGAUUAUCAGAAAUUCAUUUACAAUCGCAUUCAUAGCGUAUAUCAAGAAAUCAAGUUCUUUGAGAGCGAAUGGUUUGUCUCGACUGCCAAUGGAUUCACAAUUGAAGGCACAAAACAACUCAUUAGCGAAGCCUUAAAGUUGGGACCCAUUGGAGGGGUAUUUCAUUNAUGGUUUGUCUCGACUGCCAAUGGAUUCACAAUUGAAGGCACAAAACAACUCAUUAGCGAAGCCUUAAAGUUGGGACCCAUUGGAGGGGUAUUUCAUUUGGCGCUUGAAUUGAAUGAUUGUUUGAUAGAAAAGUUAACGUUUAAAACGUUUUGCUCAUCUAUUGAUACAAAACACAAGAUCUUUACAAAUCUUGAUCAACUGACCCGACAAUUGGAUUAUAAGUUGGAUUAUUUUGUUGUGUUUUCAUCCCUCACUUGUGGAAAAGGAAACGGCGGUCAAUCAAACUAUUCAUUUGGUAACUCUAUUUGUGAGCGUAUAUGUGAAGAGAGACGUAGGGAUGGUCUGCACGGACUCGCCAUACAAUACGGACCCGUCGGUGAUGUGGGAGUGUUUGAAGGGACGGAUCAGUUGUUAAUGUUAUCAACACUGAGAAAACAGCGAAUCAACUCGUGUUGCGAUGUUUUGGACAAAUUAUUGUCAAUUAAACAACCGAUUGUCACUUCAUAUGUAAAAGUGGAUCAAACAAAGGAAGAAAGUAGUACUCGAGGCAAACGUAUGAUCAGAGAAUUGUGGCGAGCGCUGGGCAUCGACCCGGAGAUCACACCCAACCACUUGACUCUCGGCGAGAUUGGCAUCGAAUCCAUGUUUGCCGUUGAGUUGCAGCAGGAGUUGGAAAGGGACUGGAAUAUGAAGGUAUCGCUAAAUCAGGUAAAGACUAUAACCAUCGGUAUAUUGAAGGACUACGAGACGGGCGCAGUCGGGGAAAUCAAAAAGCACCUGGAUGAUAUCAAAAAGGCCAGAACCGCCAUCCUAAAGCUGAAUUUCAUUAUGCCUACCAAAACCCAUACACCGCUCAACACUGUGACAAAGGGUACGCCCAUAUACUUUAUGCCACCCAUUUUGGUGUCAUUCACAUCGAUGGAAGAGUUGGCCCAAAAGAUUAACCGCCCGGUAAUCGGUCUGAAUUGGACCCGUGAGGUGAGCGCACUGACCACUAUGAAAGAGGUGACCGCUUAUUACGUGAAGCUACUGAAAACGCUUGAACCGAAACAACGCUUGUGUGAUGUGUUGGGCUAUUUUGACGGCGCCAUCAUUUGCUCCAAGUACCUGCUGAAGGGAAUGGUGUCGCGUGCGGUGAUCGUCGACGUGAUCAACGACUCCCACUUCCGGGACGAGUAUAUGACCGACGAGUAUAUACUCGAGUUUUUGACGGCGCCAUCAUUUGCUCCAAGUCUGGUGGCCACUGAUAUGGAGGAUAUCUUUCAAGUGGUGAUAAACAGAAUUCAUAUGCUUUCCAAAUACCGAAUGGAAAAGAAGAAGAAGUUGUCCAACAAAUUGAAGACAACGAUCGGCAAGAAGUGGUCCACAAAUACGGGUAAACUCGUCGUUAUUAAGCCGUUUAAGUUUGAAUUGUGCGAAGACUUCGACGAGACUAUGGAGAGAGCACGCGACACCUAUUUCUUACCUGGGUCAAAU